AUGGCUGUGGACGCGGCCUCCAGUUUCAGUUUCUGCCGGCCUGCUGUGGAAUAUAGAGCGCUGCCGGAGGACUUCAACCACCUGAGUCGACGGACGGGAGGGAACCUGACUUGGCAUGACGGGCGGGGUCAGAAAACAGCAGGGGGCCGGACAGUGAAGCUGCUCCAACAGCCUGGGACAGAGAAAUAUCAGCGCCGUUCAGGCGACUCCUAUGGAAUCUACCACACCAGCCCCACCCAGCCUAGUCUGAUCCGGCCUGUGGUGUUAUGGACUCAGCAGGACGUCUGCAGGUGGUUGAAGAAACACUGUCCUCACAACUACCUGACCUACGUAGAGGCCUUCUCUCAUCACGCCAUCACAGGCCGUGCUCUGUUGCGUCUGAAUGGAGAGAAGCUGGAGAGGAUGGGCUUGGUGCAAGAGACACUGAGGCAGGAGCUCCUACAGCAGGUGCUUCAACUGCAUAUGCAAGAGGAGAGACGAAACCUGCAGCUCCUUAGCAGAGGUGGCUCCUUUGGAAAUCUAUCGUAA